AUGAUUCUCGAAUGCGGAUUCGGUGCAGGAGACUGGUCUGUCGAUGUCGCUGAGCAGUAUCCAAACGCGGAGGUCAUCGGAUUGGACAUCAGUCCGCACAUGAUCCCGGAAGAGUUGCCGGAGAAUCUAGACCUCCAAGUCGACGAUCUAAACGGAGACUUCACAUUUCCAUCCAAUCACUUCGAUGUCGUACACAGCCAGUUGAUGGCAGGUGGGGUCCGCGCAAACCGCUGGCAAAGCUAUCUGAAAGACAUAUACCGCGUGCUUCAACCUGGCGGCUGGUGUCAAAUGGUCGAGAUGUAUUUCAAUGCUCAAUCGGAUAAUGGAACCCUAUCUCCAGAUCACGCGCUUUCGAGAUGGUCAAGCGGAUACCUCGACGCCAUGCAUCCUCAAAAGGACCCACGAGCAGCUCUACGCCUCAAAGAUUGGAUGACGAAUGCAGGCUUCGUCGACAUCGAAUCACGCCUCCUGACAUUACCCAUGUGCCCUUGGCCAAGCGGUAUGCCACGCAUGAUGGUCUUUGAGACAAAAGGAAUAGCCCAGAGCUGA